AUGGCUCAAGGGCUCGACUCGUCACUACUUUACUGCUACGCUUCGCUCAUGGCUUUGAACGCUUUUGUCGCGUUUUAUCACAUUCAAUUUCGCUGGAACGAGUCCACGCUUCAUCAUAUUCUGAAAGAUUCCAUAGUGGAUGCAGCGUUUGCCGUCUUCUUUCCGGCUCUCAUUCUGCUGUACUCUCUGUCCGUCUUUCAGGAUGAUCUUAAAUCCGUGAAAAUCCGCCAGCAGUUCUUCCCACCUCGUGUGUUUGAGCGCAAAGCUCGCAACCUGGUCAACGCGAAAGAGCUCAACAUGUUCAGUACCGACUUCGAAAGUCUUCUGGUUUACAGCGAAUGGGACGUGUUCCUCAAACUGAGUUUCAGUCUGCUAGCGUGUAUUCGCUGGAACAAGAUCACGCAUCUGCUUCUUCAACGCGAGCAUAAAAAUCCAAAACCACAAGAAAAAUCUACAGAACGGGAACAAAAAUCACCUACAAAAAGAAAUUAUGAUGCCGUGGCUCCACUACGGACACUGGUUGGACUUUGUUUCUUAAUCUACGGCGUCGGGUGUCUCGUAUACACUGGAAUAUCCAUAAAAGUAUCUCAAUCGUCCUGUUUGCGAUACCCAACAUGCGUCCAAUUCGCUUAUCGAUGGCUUCCUGGCGGCUCAACGGAUAUUUGUGAAUGUCUGGCGUACGUCGACCGCGAUUUGGCACCAGCAGAUGCUGAAAAUCUGACAGAUAUUACCGACACACUGGCAUUCUUAGCGUCUGCGGGGAAGCUUCAAACCAUACAGCUCGUGAACCGCAGGAUCAAUGGAUCGCUUCCAGACGAACUUAAAAAUUGUCAAUCCCUUCGAAAUGUGGUUUUGAUUCACACUGGAGUCGAAGUAUUCCCAGCCUGGGUUUCGGCAUCUUUUUCCAAGCUAGAAUAUCUGCAUGUUGAAGGCGAGUCAACAGAUACGAAUCUUGUGGAGCUACCGAGUGAUCUCUUUACCUCCAUGGCAAAUCUCCACACAAUUCACCUUUCGUACCAUGCCAAUCUCCCAAGUCUCCCCUCUAUGACUGGUCUGAAAACCCUCGAAAGCGUAUAUUUUGGAUUCCUCGAUUCCAUCAAAGCGAUCCCUUCAACCGGAGAUCUCCCAGAGAUCCAAGUGGUGGCAUUGGAGGGUCUCCCACUCGUCCGCUCGCUUCCAAAUGUUGCACAGUACGAGAGUACACUCGAGAUGGUGUUCGUACAAGAUGUUCCAGCCUGUUGUAGCGGAUUCCUGAGUGAUGGUGACUGUAACACAACCUUUCCAAGUUGUUGUGGAGAGUUCGGAAGUAAAAAUGGCAGCGAUACUGGCAGUGUCUUACCUCCCACUUGUAUCAUUCUCCCUGAUGAAGAAUCUUUACUACCGACGAAUACAACCCUGUCGCUUCUCAGUCAAUUUGCUGCCAACGUUUCCAACUUUUGUGAAGCAGAACAGGCAACAUGUCCAAAUACUAUUAAAUCUAAUAAGCGUCGUGAGAAGGAUAUCUGUCAAGGUGUACUCUAUCGCGAGUGUUCGUCACUGUCUGAAGGACCAGGAAUGUGCUUCAACGAGGAUAUGGGGCGUGUCCAGUGCACAUACUCGCAAUCGAUCAUCGACAUGCGGAAGGCUGAAAUUGCAGCUGGAUGUAGCUGUGAUGAGGUGGAGGAACAAUGGCUCGGAUGUACAGCAUGA